UCCCCACCUCACCCGGAGGGUCCCCGCUGCUCCCGGAGGGGUAUCCUCUCUUCCUGUCGGGGUCCCCACUGCUCCUGGCCUUGUACUCUGUGCUCUGGGCCGCGUCCUCACUGCUCCCGGCGGGGAGCCACCGGCCAGGUACCCUCUGCUCCGGCACACCAUGGAUGAGGCCGUGGGCGACCUGAAGCAGGCAUUGCCCUGCGUGACGGAAGUGCCCACGGUCCAUGUGGAGGUGCUCCAGCGUGGCGGCAGUACGGCAAAGAAAGAAGACAUAAAGCUGAGUGUCAGAAAAUUACUCAACAGACAUAAUAUUGUGUUUGGUGAUUACAAGUGGACUGAGUUCGAUGAUCCCUUUCUGAGCAGAAAUGUACAAUCUGUGGCUAUUGUUGACACAGACUUGAAGGGCAAAGACUCCCAGCCCAUUGAUUUGAGUGUGUGUACUGUUGCACUCCACAUCUUCCAGCUAAAUGAGGAUGGCCCCAGCAAUGAAAAUUUAGAAGAAGAGACAGAAAAUAUCAUCGCAGCAAACCACUGGGUUCUGCCUGCAGCUGAAUUCCAUGGGCUCUGGGACAGCCUGGUCUAUGAUGUGGAGGUCAAGUCACAUCUCCUGGAUUACGUGACGACAACCUUACUCUUCUCAGACAAGAAUGUGGACAGCAACCUGAUCUCCUGGAACCGGGUGGUGCUGCUGCAUGGCCCUCCGGGAACUGGAAAAACCUCCUUGUGCAAAGCCUUAGCCCAGAAAUUGACCAUUCGACUGUCAAGCAGGUACCGGUAUGGUCAGUUAAUUGAAAUAAAUAGCCACAGCCUCUUUUCCAAGUGGUUUUCUGAAAGUGGCAAACUGGUCACAAGGAUGUUCCAGAAGAUCCAGGACUUGAUUGAUGACAAAGAAGCUCUGGUGUUCGUGCUGAUUGAUGAGGUGGAGAGCCUUACCGCUGCCCGCAAUGCCUGUAGGGCAGGUACUGAGCCCUCAGAUGCCAUCCGCGUGGUCAACGCUGUCCUAACCCAGAUUGAUCAGAUUAAAAGGCACUCCAACGUGGUGAUCCUGACCACUUCCAACAUCACUGAGAAGAUCGACGUGGCCUUUGUGGACAGGGCCGACAUCAAGCAGUACAUCGGGCCCCCCUCGGCAGCUGCCAUCUUUAAAAUCUACCUCUCCUGCUUGGAAGAGCUUAUGAAGUGUCAGAUCAUAUACCCGCGCCAGCAGCUCCUGACGCUCCGAGAGCUGGAGAUGAUCGGCUUCAUUGAAAACAACGUGUCCAAGCUCAGCCUGCUUCUGAGUGAAAUUUCAAGAAAGAGCGAGGGCCUCAGUGGCCGGGUCCUGAGGAAGCUGCCCUUCCUGGCUCAUGCACUGUACGUCCAGGCCCCUACUGUCACCAUCGAGGGCUUCCUGCAGGCUCUGUCUCUAGCAGUGGACAAGCAAUUUGAAGAGAGAAAGAAGCUUUCGGCAUACGUGUAAGCUAGGAUCCUACUGGCAGCUUCAGUGGAGCAACACACCUUGGAGAGACAUGGCUUUGCUGCCCAGUGUCCCUUCAGGGUCAUGGCCUUGCUACCACCACUGCCCACCCCCACACCUCCGGAACCUGCCCUCCCCUGUAGAGGUUGGACUGGCAGGUGGUGUUUACGAUUACACACCACAAGACCACCAACCCGUCACUUUCACUCAUCAGGACUCAUCCUGAUUCCAUUUGUCUCUGGAAAGAAGCAACGGAAUGCUAGAUAACAAGAUCGGUUUUUGUUAAUGAAGCUUAAUAUAGGUAUUAUGGACAAGAGAGAAGCAUGAUUCUGCCCAAAGUCCACGAGAAAUCGUGGCAUUUUCAGAUCAGACAUUUGUCAAACCAGAAGCCAAAGCUGCUUUGUGCCGGUGUCGAGUGUGCAGAUGUCCUGGGUACCGUGUUGCCAUGCCUCAGGACGGUCAACGAGUGGGUGUGUAUGCAGAAUGUGCUAUAUCCUUGAGGCCAGGAGAGCUCAUUGCCACUGAUGUUUCCACAGCAUCAUGACAGGCCCCACCUUAGCACAGUAAGACAUGCGUGUCAGCUCUGGUUUUGGGUGUUAAAACUGCUGUGUUU